CUCUGUCCAAACAGCCAGAAGAUUCUGGAUGCUGCUUUCACCAUGGGGACCACCUACCGCCAGUCUUGCGCUCUUGAAGUUUCUGCCCUGCUGCAAAGGACUCCAGAACCCAUCUUCUACGAGAUGUUUUUGCAGUUCGAAGAUGAGAAGGGGAAUACCCAACUCUGGCCCGUUCCUAUAAGCAAUCCCGCAAUAGUAACCAACAAUCGAGCACCCCCGUUGAAUCAAGCACUCCGGAGGUUCUUUCUAGUCGAUGGGCUGUCAGACCGAAAAGGGAAUUUGUCCAAUGCUCCAGCGUCUGUGACCUUGGCAAAGGAAUUGCUUCUCAGUGUCCACCUACCUACCACUGCUCCUGGAGAAGACCCACCUUUCUCCUUGACGGUCAGAUAUGCAACACACCGCACCCCAGGGAUCGCCCAGGUGUCAUUUUCAGUCUCCUACAAUCAGAGUCCUGGAUCAGCCCAACUAGCAACUGAUGUGAGUAAGCCCAGUGCAAGAUUUUCGGACUGUCUGUUGAACAUUUAA